AUGGGUUUCCUCAAUUGUUACGCAAACUCACUAAUCGCAACUUUCAACAUGACAGAAUAUUACAAACUUCCGAGUUUAUACAAGUACGACGACUUUGACCGCUGUUUGCAGGAAUUCGACACCCCGGCUGUGUACUGUUUAGUGGAUACAACCAUCAAGCCCAAUUCUACGGCUUUGAUCUGGCCCUUGAUUGAGAAAUAUUCCAACGACACCAAACGUAGCUUCCGGCAUGAUCGGCUCCAGCGGGGCAUCUGUAUGAAUUGGUGCAAGAAAUUGAUGGACCGUUACGAUCGGAUGACCCAGAUGAAGUACUAUCUCGAUACGUUUAAUGAAACCAGCGAAAUAACGUUCGAUGCGAAUACGUUCCGUCAAGCGCUGGACUGGCGAAUUAAGUACAGGAAACUAGCCAAUCAGUGCGUCAACUUUGAGCUAAAGCGCCAAUAUUCAAUUAUGGGACACUCGACCGUUGAGUAUUGCGUUACUAAUCGAGAGUAUGACCCGAUCGAUUAUUUGGACAUGAUUUUUCUGAUAGUUUUAGGCACAUUCAUUCUAACUGUUGUUUUAUCUUCGUUUUAUGAUUAUAAGACGAAAAAGAAAUUUUCAGUUGAUAUCAAAAGUAGUGAAUAUUAUCGUACACCUGCUCGGCAUGGAUUAUCCCAGUUAUUAGUGGCCUUUUCAUUCCCCCGUAAUUGGCAAAUCCUGAUGGCGAAACGUCGUACGACCCUGAGUAAAGACCUUCGCUUCCUGCAGGGAGCACGUUUUCUUGUCAUGUACUUGGUGAUCGCCGGUCAUUGUAUGGUAUUCAACUGUAUCUUUCCACUAGUCAACCCGGAAUACGUGGAAUUUAACUACCGACGGCUGGUGACGAUGCUGCUUUUUAACGGUGCCACUGUCAUUCAGACCUAUUUUACAAUUAGUGGAUUCCUGUUGGCGGUGCAAUUUGCUGAUUACUGUGAGAAAACUAAGUCAUUUACGGUGAAGGAUUUUUUCGCUAGCAUUCUUUAUCGCUAUUUAAGAUUAGCACCACUGUACGCCUUUAUGAUUCUCUGUGACGCAACCUGGCUGUUCAAGCUUCAAGAUGGACCAAUCUGGAAGAGAGUGGCCGAAACGGAACGAACCUUCUGCCGAAACAAUUGGUGGGCCAAUUUACUGUUUGUCAACAACUAUUUGACCGUUGAUGAGCCGUGUCUCCAGCAGGGCUGGUACUUGGCUACUGAUUUUCAACUGUUUAUCAUCGGACUAAUGUUGUUGGCAUUUGUGAGACGAUUUUCCAAACUACACAAAAUGACAAUGACGGUUGCGGUCAUCCUCGCUUUCAUCUCCCCGGCUCUCGUAACAUACUUUAACCACUUCGAGGGGGUGGUUAUGGUAAAACCGGAAGCACUCAAGUAUGUCCUGUGGUAUGACGACAGCUAUCGAAAGAUGUACAUUCCGACACACACGAAUUAUGGCAGCUAUUUGGCGGGAUUGAUUGCCGGUUUGGCGUAUCAUAAACGGAAGCAGGGUGGUUUCGAUGUUCGCAAACAUAAACCAUUUCUGCUGGUAUGGUAUUUGGCCCUGCCGGUGGCUAUUAUGCUGUUGCUCUCCGCGUAUAUCUUUUAUGCAUAUGAUUUUGAGAAACCCGCUGUUUGGAUAGCGUUUUACGCUGCCAUCUCCAAAAACCUUUGGGGCGUCAUUUUUGCGGUUCUGUACUUUGGACUUGCCUUCGGAGUGGGAUGGUUUUUCAAGCGUCUGCUGAACAAUCCGAUAUUCAGACCAUUGGGGAAGGUCACAUAUGCGGUUUACUUGUGCCAUUUGUUCAUUAUUCGGGCCACGCUGGGUAACAUUCGACAGCCGAUCUAUGUCAGCGAUGUUAGAAUACUGGUGUCGACAUCGUCAACGCUCGUCUUGUCGUACAUUCUCGGACUCUUUCUGUGUUUGGGAAUUGAAAUUCCUCUGUCCAACUUACAGAAGCAUCUGUUCAAGAAGAAAUCAGAAACUUAUCAUGAGGAAAACGUGGAGCUGACCAGAAAUGGACCGAAAGAUGUGACAGUGAACCAUCAAUUAUCUUAA